AUGGCUGCUCGAUCCCAAGUGUCUGACCAGGAGGAGUCUCGACCAGUGCCCUGGCGGUCCCCGGAAAUACGGGUGGCCACACUUUGGAAAUCCUUGCUUCGCCAGUGUCCAGUCGUCAUUGUUGGCCGCUUGCAUGUGCUGGUAUCUUUGUCUGUUGGCUUCCGGCGAUCCAAUGCCGGACAAGCCGACCCAGUCUCUCAACACAUUGAAGGCGACUGGCGUCACGCCAGGCUCGUGGUUUGCUCCACCGGAGGCUCGGCAGUUCGCAGCUACCGCGCCGACUCACGCACCAACUGCCUCUUUGAUUUUGGUGUGGUGGUCGGGAUUCGCGCUUCACUUCACCACAGAGACGAUCAGCUCGAGGCGAAAGAGGGCACUGACUUGUUCGUCUUCACCGCCUGGAUCUUCUUUGUACUUUGCCAGCGCGGCGACGGGGGGACCUUUGGAUAA